AUGAUACGAUUCCCUCUUUUCUUUAUUUUCCCAUCUGCAAUUCACUGCUGUUUAGUAGUGAAGACAGUUGCGCCACCAAAAUGUGAGUGUCCGUACUUGGCACUGGACAAAUACAACACUCAAUUUCACGAAGCUGAUCAGGAUUGGUACCAAUAUAGGCUUGCUGAUGUUUUGCUUCUUCCUCCGAAAAUCCAAGUUGAUGAUUGUACUAUAAUUGUCACGUGUUCACAGGAGGACUAUCUGAUGUGGGUUUUUGGUGGAGAGUGGAACUACGAUCUCGGCCACCAGCAGCUAAAUGCUAUUUGUCACUCCGCAAAUCAAACAUGGCUUAUGGAUUAUAAGAGUGGAUUUCUUAGAUCGAUUGAAAAAAUAAACGCAGUUUGUUGGAAGGAUAUGCUAAGAAACUGUUCAUGUCCAAUUCAUCAACUUAAAGGUGGACUAAACUCAACUCUGAUAUUUUCAUAG